UAAUCACUACAGAUUUCACCAUGCAGGAAGUAUACAGGUCACAUGACCCAAUGGUUCAGUGCGAAAACAAACACCCAAAGCCUAUUUCCACCUACGUCAUUUCUUCACACACCUCUUAAACAGAGGGGAACAGGCAGGAUGUGCAGCCAGAGAAAAACAUGUCAUCAGAGCCAUAAAAAGGAAAAAUAAAAUGCAUCAUGAGGGGGUCACCCUUAAAUCAGCCAUAGGUUCCUGUGGCCAGGUUCCUGUUUUUUCAGAUUUUCCUCAUCUUUUGAAAUACACCAUUGACAGCAUUAGGGCUGAAAUCCCGGUCCCUGCACUCUGAGUUGAGUAUGUAAUGAGCUGUUUGCAGGAGGUGGCUGGACUUGACACACUAUUGAAUCAAAUGAAAUAAACACGCAAUAUACAAGCCUGAUAUUCUAACACAAAUGUAAACCUUUUGCUCGCUCGCUCUGUUAUAAAAUCAGAGAUUUUUGCAUCUGCUCAGUCAAGGAGCCAUCUUUAAGAGACUUGCUUGUGUAAUGGAAAUAUUAAUUAGAAUGGCAGUUAUUACAGUUUUUACAGGGAUCCCCCUUGUUUUAAUGAGCUUUGUAUCUGCCUUAUUUUCCCCAUCAUAUUUCUCUGGGUCUCAAAAGUAGAGCAGUGUGUUUUUAUAAACCCUCAGGACUUGACCAACGUUGCAUGCUACACUGGCAUCACUUACUGAUCCACCCGAAACAGAACCUUUUUUAAAUAAAAGAAUAAUUGGGUUACAAGUAAUAGAAAAAUUAUCACAUAAAAAGUAUGCAGAUUUAAGACUGAAAUUAGAUCCUUCCAUCCAAAGUGGGUGCAAAAUAACAUCUUUACAGGUCUUAUAAACUUGUACCAAACUCCGUGAUCUUGGAUUUGUAGUAACUGAUUAGCAUGUUGCUAAACAUUUUGUGAAAACACCUUUGGACUCUGCUCCUAAUACUUCAACUGUCUCUUCAAAGCAAACCUGGCCAAACGGAGAUUUCAGGUACUGUAAUUUGUUUUACUGUAUUGGGAAUCAUAAUCUGAUAAUUGUGUACACAUCCACAGAAAUUUACAAAAGUUUAUAAAUUUUGAAAAGAUUGCAGUUAAUAUGAAAUCUCUCAAAAACAGAUGUUUAGACUUUAGAGAAUGCGAGAAUGUUUCAGGAUGGAAACCAGGUACAGUUUGGUUGUGGCUGAAUCUAGGAUAUUUAAUGAGUUUGUAUACCAAAUGAGCAGAGCAAAUUCGGUCAGGAAAUUCUUGCUGCGGACAAGACCCCCUGGCCUUCGUGUGUAAAAUAAGGUUUGUUGUGUUUCACACUGAGUCCUAAGGAUACAUGACAUAGUUUCCACAUUUAAUUAGUUCCUGACAUGAAAACCUUAAUUUAGCAUAUAAAACCAUAUAAUAUAACUUCACUUCCUGAUUUAGGCAGCCUGGUCCCUUAAAUGUAAUCACAUGCACAGCAUGAAGUAGCCUAAUGAGCAAUCUUAAAAUUCCCAUUAUUAUGAUGAUAAGGAUGAUGAUGAUUAUGAUGUUAAUUAUUAUUAUUAUCAUUGGCAUAAAUUGCAGCCAAAAAACAACAGUUGCUAGCUAUCAUGACAACCUACUGCAAACUAAUCUGAUGCUGACAGAAGAAAAGUGAGCUUGGCCAGACUUUUUUUUUGUUUUUUGUUUUUUUAAGUUUUUUUUUUAUGGAAUGCAAAUACUUGUAAUUCUGCUAUAUUUGAGGUUGGCAUAUGGACAAGCAUUCCACUGAUACACAGAUUAUACCGUGUUAUAUAAUGGGGCCCCUUGUUUAAAAUGGAGGGACUUGUUAAAUAUGAAUUAGCUAAUAUCAGUUUGAGGGCAGCCUUAAGGCCACAGCUACCCCUUGUUCCAAUUUAUGUAAACACACAUUUAACAAUGCUGAUAUGUCAAAAAAAUAAGCUAAAAUAAAAAUUUGAAGUCACAUAUUUUCUUAUUGUUUACUGCCAUCUUGUGGUUUUGGGGAAAAGUAACAGAAUAAGGAUUAUGUCUCCAAAAACCCUCAAAAAUAUUGCAUUUUACAUAGUCAUAAUGCAAAGGAUGACAUUUUUUCCCCAUGCAUCCUUAUACUAUCAGUUAUUUCAUUCCUAAUCAAUGGCUGGAAAUAUAUUACAUAUAUAUUACACUUUAAAAACAGAACUGUACUCUUUUGUAACAUGUAUAUUCUCUUAAGCAUUGGACAUUAACCAUUUGAAUAUGGGUUAUGUAUGUGAGUAAUGGAGUAAUGGAGACAAAAAUGCUAAGAAUGGGGAAUUAAAGAGGAAUGUGCCAGAAGAAAGCGGCGAUAUUUGAAGUUGUAAAUGAGUCCAAUGUCCCUGUUUAUCUCUCUUCACAGGUUUGUCUAAUCAUGUAUUUCAAAAUAUGAUGAUAGCAGGGGAAGCCAUCACCCCAGCUCACAGAAAUGGGUUUAGGUGGAAGCUGCCUGUGACUGCUCGCAUGAAGUCAGUUUUGUUUUUUCUUUCUAAUGAUUAAGGUGAGGAUUUUGGUGUCAUUAGCUGGUCCCAUGUCAAUGCUUACAGACAACAUCUACCCUGAGCGCAGAAAUGAUCUAUUUCAGUGGAAUGACACCAUGUUGCACGUGUAUGUUCAGUGUAGGUCAUGUGACGGGGUGCAUAAAGCAUGCUCCUCCCUUCUCCCCUGAAAGAGGCUGCCGUACAUUUUUCACGUGUCAUUAUACCUGUGAGCAGUGAACAUUCUGCGCAUGCAAACACAGGCCCAGCAGAACAGGAAAGAUCACUUUGAAAGGAAGGUGACAGCGCUGAUAUGCAUUACAUAAAAACAAAGACAAAAGGAUCAGUUUACAGACAAGACAAACUAGAAUGGACUCGCAGAGAGGGGAUGAAAAUGGGGAGAAGAUUCCCAGCAGUCAAGCAGAGUCUGUUGUGUAUUUUUCCAACCCCCUGAUGAGUGAUAUUGAAUCUGAUUGGUCACCGUUGCAUGAUGCUGCCUACCAUGGACGGCUUCUCUCUGUAUGCACUCUCAUUGAUCAGGGCACCAGUAUCAAUCUGGUUUCUCUGGACAGAGUGUCUCCUCUCCACGUGGCCUGCCUGCAGGGACACACAGCCUGUGCUAAGCUUCUGAUAGACCGUGGAGCAAAUGUGAACACAACCACUGUAGAUCGGGACACUCCCCUGUCAGACGCCUGUGCCAGGGGCCACCUCUCCUGUGUCAGACUCCUCCUCCAGCAUGGAGCCACACCCCACGGGCCCACAGAUUCCACUUCCCCCAUCCACCAAGCUGCUGCUGAAGGUCAUGUAGAUUGUUUGGAGGCCCUGGUCCAGCAGGGGGCAGGUGUUGACUGCUACUCUGAAUAUUUGGGCACACCCCUUUACACUGCAUGUAUUAAUCAGUGUCUGAGCACGGUGAAGAAACUGCUUCAGUUUGGUGCCAGUGUGAACAGUGGUAAGGGUGGGACCACCCCACUGCACCUGGGGGCCCAGCAGGACUGUCCUGAGCUGGUAAGCUCUCUCCUGGACCAUGGUGCCAAUGGCAAUGCCAGGGACACGGCAGGAAACCGCCCCCUAGACCUUGCUCCACCCAACAGUGCCACAAAGACCCUUCUCAUCCAGAGAGAAGCAGGAGUGACCUGCCUGCUCCAGCUGUGUCGCCUGACUGUGAGAAGAGUGUUGGGAGGAGCGAGACUUUGCAAGAUCAGCUCACUACUUUUACCAUCAGAGCUCAAAGAAUACCUUCUGUAUCAAUCAGACGAACAGGAUUGGCAAGGGAGCCAAGCAGUCAUUUGAAAACGAAGGGAAUUUAAUUGGUGAUUAGCCUACACAACUUGCCAAAUGGUGUUUGUGAAGAAGAGUGAGCUAAUAUUUUCAUUUAACUGACAUGUUAAAAUGGUAGGCUAGUAAUGUUCCCGGUUAGGUUAAAAUGUUGGCUAAAUCUAGCAUUGCGAAUUAUUGCUAUUUUUUUGUUUUGUUUGUUUUUGUGGCAUUCUCCAUUAGCCGGCUGGUGGAGAGAGCAAAGGCACCUGGGUUGCGUUGGCUAAUCAGCCCAGGUGCUUAAAGGUAUGCUGCUCUCCACAGUUCGGGGCCGAGACUGGGAGUUCAUACCGAAAGCGCGUUUAAGAUUUCGUUCCGUUUUAUUUUGGAGCUCUGUUCGAACCAGGAAAUAAAGGGAAAAGAAAGUAAUCCUCAGUUGGGAUGUUGGAGCAUAGGCAUAUAGGCUAUAGGAGCUGGCGCCGGUUGAAAACCGGGCCAGCUACGGGCGGCAAACGGGGAAGUGGUCGCGCUGUUUUAUUUUCUUGUGUUUUUUUUUUUUUUUUGUUUUGUUAUUUUAGCUUGUUGUUGGUGCCACACUGGCGUGUGAGAAGUUGCAAAAAAAAAAAAACACCCUUUCAGAUUUUUGUUAAACGCCUAGUUUUUUGUAAAAUGUUUUCAGAAAAACUUGUAAAGUUGCUUAAUUAAAAUGGUACAGAUA